UUAUAUCACUUCAUGUGUCUCUUGUUUCUCAUUAAUACAUUCACACACUCAUCACCUCUUCUCCCUCUCUUUCUCAAUCUCCCCCAUCAUUUCAUUUCCCAUCUCCUAAAUCUCUCUCCAUCUUCAUCCUCCUCUCUCUCUUCCUCCCUCUUGCAAUGAAGACCUCUCUUUCUUCCCUCACAAACAUCCUUUUCUUUCUUCUCUUUCUCUUCUUCCUCUCCUCAGCUAACUCAAGAUUGAUCCCUACCCCUACUUCCUCAAGAAACCACCACCAUUGUAAUUCUUUUUCUAACAGAACCUCACGCUCUUUGUGCUAUAACCUUCAAAGAAUACACCAUCAUCACAAUCUUGGUCCUCCUCAGACGAAUAUCGGUGUUGAAGUUGAUCCAAGGUAUGGUGUAGAGAAGAGACUAGUUCCCUCUGGACCAAAUCCACUUCACAACUGAAACCAUUCACUAUAUUUAUAUAUAUAUACCUACUAAGUAAUAUUUCAAUGUUUCUUUUGCCCUAUAGUAUAAUAGGGCAACAUAUAGAUUUUCCAUUUCCAUGCUUGUAUUUGGUUUUCUUGGUCUUGAAAUUAGGGCUACAAAAUUUUGUAGAAAAAAAAAAGACAGAAUCUGAAAACAAGCAUGGAAAUGGUGAAAGAGAGAAGAUGGAAAUGGUGAAAGCAGUUGAGGAGGACCCCAUGAGUUUCAUUAAUGAGGAGCCAGCUAAAGUCAUAGGACUAUCUAUUUAUGGUUGUUGCUCACAAGAAUAUUAUGUAUGGAGUCAACAUCAUUUUUUUAUUUAUAAUUAAAUAUAUUCAUGUAUAGUUGGAGUUGAAGUUUGAAUUCAAUCCAUGAAAAUAUAUA